AUGGACGUUUCAUUUUUAACCAAAACUGUACAAAUAAAUGGCACCCAGUUUAAGAUAUUACUUCAAAAUGGGCAAGGUGAAUGCGCGCUGAUUGCACUAGCUAACGUAUUAUUGAUUUCACCGGCCCAUGCUCGUUAUGCCCAAGAAAUUUCCAGAUUAGUGAAAGGCAAGGAAACUGUUACUUUGAUUGAACUUGUGCAAACUCUAGCCAAUAUGGGUGCUCAAAAUCGCAAUGGUGCCGAUGUGGAUAAAGAACAGCUACUCCAAGUUCUGCCACAGUUAUAUAGUGGGCUGAACAUCAACCCAGAAUUCAACGGGUCUUUUGAGGAUGGGAUAGAAAUGUCGAUUUUCAGGCUCUACAAUGUCGGCAUCGUUCAUGGUUGGAUAAUAGAUGGGGACAAUGAUCCCAACGCUUACGAACAUGUAUCCAAAUAUUCUUAUAUGGGUGCCCAAAAGGUUUUAGUACAGUCGUAUGAGAUCCAAAAAAAUAAUGCUCAAUUUGAAAACAGUGAGCAAAUCCAAUCCGAUGCACCUUACUUGAAAUCCUUUCUGGCAAGAUCUGCGACUCAAUUAACUGAGUAUGGUUUAAGUCAUCUCAGGGAAAUUUUAGUAGAAAGAUCGUAUGCUGUGCUUUUCAGAAAUGAUCACUUUUGCACAUUAUAUAAAAACAAUGGCGAAUUGUUUACUUUAGUCACGAACCCUACCUACAGAAACCGCAAAGAUAUAAACUGGCAGUCGCUUAAAUCCGUGAAUGGAUCACAAGAUUCGUACUACACAGGUAACUUCAUUCCCACAAGUCUGGAAAGAACCGAAACUACUGCUACCGGGCAAAAUGAAUCCUACAUUUCUAACCCAUUUAGCGACCAGAAUACAGGGCAUAUAACCAGUAAUCAAGAUAAUAGUGGAGCAAGUGGGGUGCAACAGAUCGAAGACGACGAGGAGCUAGCCAGGAGAUUACAGGAACAAGAAGAUAUGCGUGCAGCAAAUAACAUGCAAAAUGGUUAUGCCAAUAAUAGCAGAAAUCAUCAAAGAGAAAGGUUCGAAAGACCUGAAAAAAACUCGAAGAAAAACAAGCUCCUUUCCUUUAAUGGAAGUAAUAAAGACAGGAAAAGAGACAAGUUGAAAAAAAAUUGUGUGAUUAUGUGA